UCCUCACCAACAUAUCCACAUUCCAGAACACUUCGACUCUUCCAAACAUGGCCGCUCACUCCUUCUCCAAGCUUCCCACUUUCGUAUCAGCCCUCAAUCCCAAUCAAACAACCAAACCGGAGUCUUAUUCUCUACCUCUGACCACGACUUUGAGCCCCGCAAGUCUUCAGAAACUAUGGCUCGGAACAACCAGUGUCGGAGUCAAAGCCCGACUGCCAAAGCUCCGAUCUUUCUCUUCCACGAUCUGCUUCAGCCUCCCGACAGCAGUCAAGGAAAGAGUUUCGUCCAAUGACGAAGUGCCCAAAUGGUCUAGCAGGGCUAUAAAGUCAUUUGCCAUGGGGGAAUUGGAAGCCAGGAAGCUCAAGUACCCAACUACUGGGACUGAAGCCAUUCUCAUGGGUAUCCUCAUUGAGGGAACCACUUUGGCUUCGAAAUUUUUGCGGUCAAACGGAGUUACACUUUUCAAGGUGCGUGAAGAAACCGUUAAGUUACUUGGGAAAGCUGAUAUGUGGUUUUUCAGUCCUGAGCAUCCUGCAUUGACUGACGAAGCUCAAAGAGUACUGGACUGGGCUUUUGAUAAGAAAAUAAAAUCUGGCGGCAGUGGCGAAAUUACAACAUCUCAUCUGCUUCUUGGCAUUUGGUAUGAAGUUGAUUCACCGGGCCAGAAGAUGAUGGCCACCCUUGGCUUCAAUGAAGAGAAAGCGAAAGAGCUGGAGUCUUUAAUUUCUGAACCUGGAUUCAUCGAUGGAUGAUAUCUUCCUUUUUGUUUGUUGUGACCUGUGAUGCGAAAUUGUUAACCAAUACAUAUGGAUAAUUGAUGUUAGUUGGAGUUGUUUAAUGGCAUUUGUUGUUCGUGAAUGAUGGUUAACACCUGAGUCUGGAUUGGUUGAUUCUGGAUGUGAAGUGACUAUGUUUAAAGAUUUAGC